AUGACUUCAACACGCUGCCCCUUCUGCAGCAUCGCAGCAAAAUACCCCCCCAUCUCACCAUCAUCCUUCAGCUCUAACUCUGAAAAUGCCACCAUCACAACCCCGGACUCCCUAGCAUCGCAGUCGGAGUCAUCGCAUGCGUACCUGAUUCUUUCGACGAAAUCCGUUCUCGCGUUUCUGGAUAUUAUGCCGUUGACUCGAGGUCAUGUUUUGGUGACUACGAGGGAGCAUUGUGGGACGGUGGGGGAUGUUGGAGUUACAACUGGGAGGGAGCUUGGACAAUGGAUACCCAUUAUUUCACGGGCUGUGAUGAAGACGCUUUUCGGUGAUGCUGAGGCACAUUGGAAUGUGGUUCAGAAUAAUGGCAUAAGAGCCGCCCAAGUAGUCCCCCACGUCCACUUCCACAUCGUCCCCAGACCACCACUGGACCAGCCGCCCAGUGCAAACAAGACGAGCUAUGUAAUGUUUGGUCGGGGACAAAGGGACGAGCUGGACGAGGAGGAAGGGGAGAAAUUAGCCAGUGAGAUUCGAGAAGAGCUGGCGAGCGAAGUUCAGCGGGUUAGGGAUGUAGAAGGGGUGGACUUGGAGGGAGGUUCGGGGGGUGAUGAGCGGACAAGGAGAGGGGAUGGAAAAUUAUGA